AUGGCGGGUCACGAAGAAAGGUGUGGAGAGAAUUUGUGGUCAAAUCGCUUUAAAGACAUAAAUGAGAUAAUUGAUUAUGUUAUUGGUUCAGAGAAUGAGUUGAGUGAUUUGUCAGGUGAUGAUGAAACAGAUGAAUGGUUACCACCUGGUGAUGAAAACCAUGUUGCCGAACAACAAGAUGAUAAUAUGGACAUACUGGCUGACAGUCCUCAUAACGAGGAUACGAACAUUGAUUUAAGUGAUGUAUUUCCUGAAAAAGUGGCCCAUGCCUCAACUGCAAGAAACCAAGCAAAACAUAAAAUUGUAUAUAAGUUUGACAAGAAAGGAGCAUUUGUUCCACCUUCAAACUUAGAAUUCAUUGAUGCACAGCUUGAACCCAAACCAAAAGAUGACACUCCCUACAACUACUUCAAAUAUUUUGUCACCAGCGACAUGUUGGAAUAUUUGGCUAAAGAGUCCAAUCAUUACGUGCAUCAAAAAGUUGAAAUUUCUCUUCAAACAUCAGCUUGUGAACUUGAAACAUUUGUUGGUCUUUUUUCACAUGGGAUUAGUGCAAAUGCCUGCUCUGAUGUAAUGUCAAGACAACAGUUUCAGAAGCUAGCUUCCUAUUUGCACAUUGCCAAUAACUUAAGUCCAUCUGAAAACCAAUGCAUUGAUGAAGUUAUGGUUGCCUUCAAGGGAAGAUCAAUGCUAAAGCAAUAUCGAAAAUGGGGAUUCAAGCUUUGGGCUCGAUAUUCAUCAACAGGCUUUUUGCAUGUUUUUGAUAUUUAUCAAGGGAAGAAUGCCACAAUUGAAGAUGAAAGCAAUGUCUCUGGUUGUGGAUUGGGUAGAAAUGUUGUUUUGAAGUUGAGUUCAACUCUUCCUGCAGAAAGAAAUUUCAAAAUCUUUGCUGACAAUUUUUUUCUAAUUUUGUGA